CCUUGUCCAACAAAUACAGCACCCGAUCAGUUGACUUUCAUACCAGUAACAAUUCAGACGUUGUUUUAGCAAAAAUGGCCAGCAUCGUGCGGAAAAUUGUCUCCACUGCCAAGUGCCCAAAAGCGGCAGCUCCCUAUAACCAAGCGGUCAUAGCGGAUCGCACAGUAUACUGCUCGGGUGUCCUGGGCAUGGAACUAGGCAGCCUAAAGCUGGUUGAUGGCGGCGCUGCAGCCCAGACGGCCAAAGCCUUGCAACAUUUGUCCACUUUGCUGCAGGAGUCCGGAUCAAGCAUUGAAAAAGUUGUCAAAACCACCGUUCUUCUGGCUGAUAUAAAUGAUUACGGUGCAGUUAACGACGAGUACAAACGAGUAUUCACCAGCAACUUCCCAGCGCGUACUUGCUUUGCUGUAAACAAACUUCCGCUGGGGGCAGCAGUUGAAAUUGAAGCUAUUGCGCUUGUCGGGGAAGUGCUCCAGGUGUCAACAUGACUAGAAGCUAAACUGUAGCAUCUGUUGACUUUGGCUAUUUUUACAGCAGGUGUGAUUGCAAUUAACACAUCUAGGAUUUUACGCACAGGAUUUAGACUAAAUAUUAGAAGGGGUUGUUGACGAUAGUUGUUUGUACUUUUCAAUAAAAUAUUUUUUUAUGUUAGUA